AUGCUCACCGGGUCGAACACGUACCGCACGUUCUUAACUUCCUUUCUUUUUCGUGUACUGGCGUGUCAGGGCGGCAAGUACGUGGGGGAGGCGCAGGGCACGGCGCGCGCCAACAUGGACACGGUCAUGAAGGGAUGGUUCUCGGAAGUCAGCCCUAUGUGGCCAGGAGAGGCGCAUUCGCUAAAGAUCGAGAAGGUUCUCUUCGAGGGCAAGUCCGACUUCCAAGACGUCGCCAUCUUCCAGUCGGAGACGUACGGCAAGGUGUUGGUGCUGGACGGCGUGAUUCAGCUCACGGAGCGCGACGAGUGCGCGUACCAGGAGAUGAUCACGCACGUGCCGCUCUGCUCCAUCCCCAACCCCAAGAAGGUGCUGGUGGUGGGGGGCGGCGACGGCGGCGUGUUGAGGGAGGUGUCGCGGCACGUGGGGGUGGAGCAGAUCGACAUUGUUGAGAUCGACGGCAUGGUCAUUGAUGUGUCCAAGGAGCACUUCCCCGCGGUGGCCAUUGGCUACAAGGACCCACGCGUCAAUGUCACAGUGGGCGACGGAGUGGCGUUCCUCAAGGCGGUGCCAGAGGGCACGUACGACGCCAUCAUCGUCGACUCCUCCGAUCCCAUCGGGCCCGCGCAGCAGCUGUUCGAGCGGCCCUUCUUCGAGUCGAUGGCGCGCGCGCUGCGACCGGGCGGCGUGGUGUGCACGCAGGCGGAGUCGCUGUGGCUGCAUCUGCCCAUCAUCAAGGACAUUGCCCUCGCCUGCCACCACGCCUUCAAGGGCUCCGUCAACUACGCCUGGACCAGCGUCCCCACCUACCCCAGUGGCACAAUCGGCUUCAUGGUGUGCUCGACCCCGGGGCCAGAGGUGAACUUCAAGGUGCCAUGCAACAAGAUUGAGGACCAGCCUGAACGACCUGACAACCUGCCCAAGUUGCCGCCUCUAAAGUACUACAACUCUCAAGUCCAUUCUGCUGCCUUCGUUCUCCCGCAGUUCGCCAAGGAGGCUCUUGAGCCCCACCUCACUAAGUAA